AUGGUCGUGGCCGUGCACUAUGACUGCUUCCACGUCUUCCUGGCUUCGACUGCUGGUUUGGAGCACCAAGGAGACGCAGGCGGGACACGUAUCGUCGGCCUCGAGGAGGGCGGCAAGCAGAACGCCACCCUUCUUGACGAGCUGUGGACACUUGGUGCAUGGCGCCGACCGUGGCUGAAUGCGGCCCCGGUCCUGCUAGACGAUGCUGGGCCGGCGUCGUACGCUGACGUUGAAUUGGCUGCUUUUCGCCGCAUAGCUACCGUGGCGGGAGUGCCCCAGCUCGCCCGUCUGCCCCUCGAGCUGAUCUGCCUCAUCCAUACACGAUCGGCUCGGAGUUUAUUCUGGCGCACGAUCCGAUGCCUUGCUGCGCGCGCGAAAGGACAGCCGGAUGAUGCACUGCACCGCACCCCCUUGAAGCAUAUUGUCUCGUGGACGCGCGGGCAACCUUUGCCAUACGCCAACGUCGAGCCCCAACUCUACGCCGUUGAGACCGACCGUUGCUUUGGUCUGACAUUCUUCUGCCUCAGCGGUAAACUUUUUGGUAUCCAUGUCCAUCGGACUGCCGACGACGACGCCACGACAACCUACAGGCGCCUUGUAGCCCGCGUUCGCGAACGGAUGGUGUGGGUGUUCUUGCCAAUACCGCGCAAGGACCGCCUCGUUGCUCUCUGGGCAUGUCGUAGCGACACGGGCGACUCGAAGGAUUUCAGUCUCAUUGCUCGCAUGAAGCUGGCCGGUGACGUGGCCGUGGGAAACGGAAUUGGAAACAGCGCCAAAGCCCUGCUCUUGGCCUUUGGCGAGAGUGUGACUCUCGUGUACGGCGAACCACGUGAAGGUGAGCCUAUCAGAAUCAUGGGGACGUAUCCCGGCGACGGCCCACGGAAGACUCCGGCCGACGUCGAUACACACCCUGUUCAAGACGCUCGGAAUACACGCCACAUUCGACACAUCCGGUCGCCAGCUCUUGUCUCCACGCCGACAACACUCAAAGUCGUGCAUUACAACCCAUACGUCUCAUCUGCGCCGCUUGACAAUGUGGUAUCGGUGCGGGUCUUUUACGUACCGAGCAAAGGGAUUUGUCGUGGCCUGCUGCUUUUGUAUUCAAACGGCUGUAUGCGUGCCCUCGGCCAGUGCCGUAUCUCAGAAGACGACAACUGGGUUGUUGCCAAUCCUGCCGCCAUCUGCCACCGGCCACUACAGUAUCACGCAUAUAAACGAGAGACAAAGUUCGAUGGGAUCACUGUGUCUGUAGCGACCAUGAAGCAGCACGCCCAUGAGAACGACGGAUGGAUGUGCCACAACAUUGGCCAAGGCGUCUUACAUUUUCACUACACGGACAACAACGAGUACGCAAUGAUAUAUGAGGCACAAAAUCGAUUCCAAAGCGCACUAUGA